AUGGAGACCUCUAACAAGGAUAACCAGAGGAUCAUGGAGAACAUAAAGAGAGAGACGGACACCACAUUGGAGCGGCUAGAGAGGAGACUAGCCGAGAACCGUCUUGGGACACCACCUCAUGGGGGCGAUGCCUAUGCUGAUGGACUGGAAGCCAGUGUAACCGAGUCCAUGCAUGCGUCGCCAAGGCAAGGUUUGAUGCAUGGUGGCCGUGUAGAGAACCAUCAAGGUUACCAUGAGAGGUGGAUUCCGAAUGCUGCCUUUGAGAGAGAGGAGCCGUUGGCUGGCUAUCAGGCUAGGAGCCCUAGUGUUCACCAUGAGCACCAGGAAUUUGAGCACGAGCAAGAUAGAAGAGGAAACCGACAUCAGGAUUGGGGACCCAGGCGGCCUAAGGUCGACUUCCCAAAGUAUAGCGGUGGUGACCUCGAUGAGUGGUUGGACAAGGUCCACUACUACUUUCUGACAUUUGACAUCCCAUGCCAUGAGAGGGUGUCCAUAGCCUGCCUUUACCUUGAAGGCAGGGCUGGAAAAUGGUGGCGUUGGAUAACGGACCAAUACGACAAGGAUCAUAUGAGGUUGGGUUGGACAGCCUUUGAGAAAGAGCUCCUUAGUCAGUUCGGGCCAUCACCAGUUGUCAAUCACCAUGAGCAGCUGGCCAAGCUAAGGCAAGAGGGCAAGGUCCAGCACUAUAUAGAGGAGUUCAGGCAGCUACAGAUCAUGGUUAGGGGCUGGUCGGUGGAAGCUUUGAUAGGCACAUUCAUCGAUGGUUUGAGACCUUGGCUUGCCAAGGAAAUCAAACUUAGACAGCCCACAAGGCUACCCGAGGUGAUGAAGAUGGCUGAAAUUCUUGAGCAGAGCCAUUCUAGUGAACGGCGCCCAACCAAAGACAUGGGGAGCAAGUCUUUCAAGACUGUGCAAACCAAGGUCUCUUGGAAGGGAAGGGACACAUCAGCCACCACCUCCAAACCGAGGCUAGAGAUCAAGAAGCUAUCCAGUGAAGAGGUGCAAGAGCGCAUCAAGAAGGGGUUGUGUUUUAAGUGCGGAGACAAAUGGGGCCCCGGUCACAAGUGUAAGGCAGCUCAGGCCUUGUUUAUGUUUGAGGACGAGUCAAGUGAUGAUGAGUCGGAAAGCAGCCAAGAGGAGGAAACCGAGGAAAUCGAAUAUGGUGGCACACCAGAGGAGGCUGAGCUAUCAUUGAAUGCUAUGGCUGACAUUUCUAAACCCACGUACAUGAGGUUGAUGGCAUGGGUGGGCAAGCAUGAAGUGACUUUGCUAGUGGAUAGCGGCUCCACACACAACGUCAUUAAUUCCAGCAUUGUGGGCAAGGUUGGACUAAAGCCGAGCCCUAUUCCCCCAUUUGAAGUAAAGGUGGCAAGUGGAGAAAAGUUGCAAUGUGAGGCCCUUAUCCGUGAAGUGAAGAUGAAUGUUCAGGGGGUCCGUAUUAUGGCAGACUUGCAUGUGCUGCCCUUGGUCGGCCUUGACUUAGUCUUGGGGAAUGCUUGGCUGAAGAGCCUUGGCAGGGUCGUCCAUGACUAUCACAACAUGACCAUGGAGUUUAAACUUGGCUCCAAGAAGCGACUAUGGACAGCCAUUGCCAAUAAGGAGAUCAAGUCAUGCGAAGCUAUUAUGUUUGAGAAGUUUUGCAAAGGCGGGGCACAUUGCUUCACCAUCGUGGUGGCCAAAGAGGAUGUAAUGAGACAAGUCGAGAACAAGGGUCAGGAGGGCACCCAUGAUGAUUUAGAGCUACUGCCUGAGGAAGUCAAGCCAGUCUUGGCAGCCCACAGGGGGAAGGGAGAGAUUGAACGGCAGGUGGAUGAGAUGCUGAAGAGUGGCCUAAUCCGCCCUAGUACCAGUCCCUUUUCUUCACCGGUGCUGUUGGUGAGGAAGAAGGAUGGCACAUGGAGGUUCUGUACAGACUAUAGGGCCUUGAAUGAAGCCACGGUCAAGGACAGAUUUCCAAUCCCCACUGUCGAUGAGAUGUUAGAUGAGCUGCAUGAGGCUACGGCUGCAAUGAAUAGCAUCUUCAAGCCACUACUUCGGAAGUUUGUGCUUGUCUUCUUCGAUGACAUUUUGGUCUAUUCUAAGACCAUCGAAGAGCAUAAGCAACACUUGGAGAAGGUGCUAACAAUUCUGGAGGAGCAUCAUUUCUUUAUCAAAACCACCAAGUGUGCCUUCAUGGAGAAGGAGUUGGAGUACUUAGGCCACUUUAUCUCAGGAGAUGGUGUCAAAGUCGAUCACAGAAAGAUAGAGGCCAUGGUGGAUUGA